AUGUCGUGCGACACUGUCACAGUUGUUUUUGACCUCCGCUAUACUGACUGGGAGCUCUUCGACUCAUCCAGGGAGGUUUUCAUCACAACUGUGGGAAACUUGUUCGCUAUUGCACUCUCCAACCUUUCUCAGAAGCAACCAUAUUCCUUGAGGCUUAUGGCAACCUCUGGCACUUCGCUGCUUCCUGUGUACGACUCUGCCUGUGAUCGCGACAAUACAAAGAAAACAGGUAUUUUUAACGCUGACAAGAGUACCUGUGGGGGAAGCAGCAAUGUGUUUGACGUCGUACGUUCUCUGUCCGAGCUGACCCCCGUUCGAAGUCCAUCGCGUGACACGGACCGCCACGUUGUGGGUAUCCUUCAGCGGCAACAUAAGAACUACUCAUCGGAUAAGUUGCAGCACCAUAGCUUAAUCUUCUUCACAACCUUUACUACGAUUGGUGACUUUAGCAAUUUGGUACAUUCCACGGUACCUGCUGCACUACCCUUUUUGAAUGAUAGAUGGGUGUCCAUCCAUCUUGACGCCACGGCCUUUACAACAACAUCUCUUGCAUUAACCCCCGCCACCCGAUCCAUUCGCUGCCCCAUAGCACCUGCAUGUAUCCGAACGGCGCUUCAACAGGCACUUGCAACAGCACUUUCACCAGUGCUUCCAUUGGUGCAGGUGUCGUUGCGUUAUGGCCGCUACACUGUACCGUGCAUUGCAAACAGAACAUACUUUACCAUUCCUGGCCGUUGCUGUGCAGCCAAGGAUUUGGAAGACACCAACGAUGUGGAGGAGAGGAACACUCUUGUAUUUUGCGGUGGACGCGUGUGUUCUUCCGAGUAUGAACGGGAGUACCAUACAACACAGGAGCUGGUCUUAACAGCCAGUGGUAUUGUUAACGCUGAUGUGGUAGAUGAUGCUCAUCUAUAUGGUGAGGCAUGGGUGCUGCGUGGUUGCGAGUCACUGGGUGGUUAUACUCGAAGUCCGGGGGAAUGGUUACAUCACCUCGCUACGGAGUUACGUGGGGACGCAUUGCUCCUCCGAACGCAACAGCCACUUCUCAAUCCGCCUCAUCAGCUGGCAUUUCCAUCUUCUCUCUUCGUGGGUUUCUUCAUGCGAUCGGAUGAGAUGUACCUGCGGGCUGUCAUUCCGCCUGAACUUCGGGUUGAGCGGGUGGAGUCCAUUGCCUUAAAGGCGAGCAACAGCGGAGGUGGAGGCCGGUUGGAUCCCACUUUAGCCGCGGAGCUGCGGAAGGCAACGGAGGCGCUGAGAGACUGCCGCGGUGAAGUGGAGUUACGGCAACCUGUUGGCGUGUGUCGGGUAUUAACACAACUACGGCUGAAUCCGUCACUACAACUGCGCUUGGAGGCGUUGCAGACUGAAGGCGCUGUGCGGCGGACGCUUAUCCGCCCCCUUCACUCUCACCGCAGGUGA